CGACUGAAGAAUCAAAUAUGUCUUACGUAUCUAUUAGGGUUACUCCAAAAGUAACCAGGUCACAGGAGUUCUUGGACAGCCCCGGGGAAGAUCCAUUCAAAUGGUGGAAAGUGUACUGACUUAAUUAACCUUGCCAUACAAGUGUUUAAGUAGUCACUGCCUUGUGAGAAAGUUUUCAAGAGCAGAUAUAUCAUUGCACAUUCUCGUGUGUGUGAUGAUACCUGCCGUAGAAGACUCGGAGUGAUAAUAUGAAUUACAUUUCGCUCGAUGCAUGUGAUGAAUGUGUGACAAACAUUACUUAUUUCAGAUAACGCUCAUAGAGAAAGUCCUGCGCUGAUCAUUGCAUGAACAAUGACUUUAUAUAUCUCAUCUGUGGUGUCUUCCACGGAAACUUAGCUACUCCUGAACGCAAAUCUCUAAAUUAACUUACGUUACCUUUACUAUUUGCAUAUAGUUCAGCAAUGGCGUUUGCUGUGUGGAAGGCAUGUAUGAGAAGUCAAGUUAAAGAGUUAAGCAUUAUUGUCAGGUCUCCCAGUGUUUUACAUAAGUGUAUAACUAAGCGUUAUAUUGAAUUUAAGUUUUUUCCAGAGAAGCCACUUGAAGAAGAUGAAACCACUUCGAUGAAUCUUUGCCAGGCCAUUAACAAUGCUUUAUAUACAACUUUAAUAAAUGAUUCCACAGCAAUUGUCUUUGGAGAAGAUGUGGCAUUUGGUGGAGUGUUUCGCUGCACCCUAGACCUGCAGAAGAGAUUUGGCAAGGACAGAGUGUUCAAUACACCGAUAUGUGAGCAAGGAAUUGUGGGAUUUGGGAUUGGUUGUGCUGUUGCAGGGUCAACAGCAGUUGCAGAAAUACAGUUUGCUGAUUAUAUCUAUCCAGCAUUUGAUCAGCUUGUAAACGAAGCUGCUAAAUAUAGGUAUCGAAGUGGCAACGAAUUUGACUGUGGCAAGUUGACUGUUCGGGCACCAUGGGGUGCUGUUGGUCAUGGCUCUCUUUACCAUUCCCAGAGCCCUGAAAGCUUUUUUACACAUGCAGCAGGUCUGAAGAUUGUUAUUCCAAGGAGUCCAUUUAAGGCAAAGGGUCUGUUGUUGGCUUGCAUUCAAGACAAGGAUCCCUGCAUCUUUUUUGAGCCCAAAGUGCUAUAUCGUGCUGCUGUGGAGGAUGUUCCUGUCAGGGAGUAUACACUACCAUUGGGGAAAGCAGAUAUCUUAGUUACAGGUGAUGCUGUGACUCUUAUUGCCUGGGGAACCCAAGUGCACAUCUUGAUUGAGGUUGCAGAUAUGGUUAAGGAUCAGCUGAAGGUGCAGUGUGAAGUAAUUGAUCUUGUUACAGUCAAUCCAUGGGAUAUGGAGACAGUCUGUAAUUCAGUGAAGAAAACUGGGCGUGCAGUUGUGGCCCAUGAGGCUCCACUAACAGGUGGCUUUGCAUCAGAAAUAGCAGCUGUAAUUCAGGAGGAAUGUUUUUUGCAUUUGGAAGCACCUGUGCAGAGAGUCACUGGAUUUGAUACUCCUUUUCCGCAUGUUUUUGAACCAUUCUACUUACCAGACAAAUGGCGAUGUUUUGAUGCCAUCAAGAAAACGCUUGCUUACUGAAAGUACAAGUUUCUGCAGGUUUGACUGUGAAGAAUUUAUUUUUCUAUAUAUUUUUUUACUUAAUGUUUGUGUAUUGCAAGCUUUACCAGCCCAGGAACUAUUACAGUUGUUACCUUAGAAGUGACAGCUGAAAUUGUUUUGAAAGUGUAACUGCCAAUUUUUUAUGAAUGGAGUGCUUUGAAGUAUAUUUCUUUGGAAUAAAGCUACUGUUUUGUGUUCUUAGAUAAAUUUAAGCAGGAGGUAAAAUGUGAUAUUCUGGGGUCUGCAGAUGGAUUACUUUUGUUUGGAAUGGGGAAGAAUUGAUGGAGCAGUGGAAUUAAUCUGUUAUUGUACGUAUGGGUAACCAUUAGUCUCAUUCAGAAUGGUUUGAAAAAAAGGAGGUGCAUUAUUACCAUUGUUUUUUUAGCUUUGCCUUAGAAUAUGCCAUCAGGAAGAUAAAAAAACAGAAACAAGGAGGGAUUAGAAUUGAACGGGGCAUACCAGCUUCUGGUCUGUUUUGAUGAUGUUAAUUUGUUCGAUGAAAUCAUAUAUGUCAUUAAAAAAGAAGCUGUAUUAGUUACUGGUAAGGAAUAGUUGGUCUAGAGCAGGGGUUCUCAUCCUUUUUCACUGGCAUACCACUAAUUCUAAUUUAACACAUUAAAUGUACCAGUAACCAAAUGCAUUCAGGGAGAACUUAUUUAUGUUAAUAUUAUCUUUUGAUUUUCUUACUUAGUUUGCGUACCACUCACCAUUGGCUCACGUACCAACAGUGGUACGCAUACCAUAGGUUGAGAAAUGCUAGUCUAGAGUAUGCACAGAGAAAAUGAAGUAGCUGUUUGUGUAUAUGUUCAUUUCUCAAAAUAUAGGACAAAAUUAUUAUUUAAAAGCGGCUUAUAAAUCCCUUAAAAAAUGUGGUAAAUAUUUAGGAUCGACAGUAACAAAUCAGAAUUUUGUUCAUGAAAGCAUUAAGAGAGACUGAAUGUGUUGAAGCCUUGCUACCACACAGUUCAGAAUCUUUUGUCUUACUUUCUGCUAUUUAAAAAUGUAAAGACAAAACUUUAAUUUGACCUUUUGUUUUCUAUGGGUGUGAAACUUGGUCUCUCACUUUCAGAGAGGAAUACAGAUUGAGAGUGUUGUUUGAGCACAGGGUGUUUAUCAGAAUAUUUUGACCAAGCAGAAAGAAGUAACAGGAGGCUGGAGAAAAGUGCGUAAUGAGAAAUGUCGUAAUUUAUAUAUUAUUCACCAGAACACUAUUGACAGUUGUUAUGGGUGUGGUUGUUAUAAUUCUUAUGUACACACAGUACCUGAUUUACAUCAGGGAUAUAUUAUUCAGUGGUGAAUGCUUGGUUCUGGCUAGUAGUGCACCACCAAAUCACAAAAAUUAGAGUAUCAGAGAAGUGUUUUACUAUGCAGCAUGACAGUGGCAUGUUAUUAAAAUACCUUAACAUUGUAGUGUAAUUGUUGAGGGGUUUAAUAACAUUGCAUUUCAACAUUACCAAACUUCUAGACCAGGAUUUGCCACUGAUACUUGUAUAAAUGGUUAUGUAUGUGACGAUUUUGUUAAAAGAGAGAUUCUAGUUUGUACUUGUUGAAAGUGAUAUAUGGACAGAAAAAAUGCUGAACAAAAUUGAUUCCCCUGUGGAUUAAUGUUGUAGUGAAAGAAUGCACAUUUGACCAUCUGUACAUUAUUUGGUUGUGAUUAUAUUUAUGUUUUGAAUUUUUAAAGUUUUUAAAAUGGAAUAUACUUAUGAUGGCUCAUUUAGCAUCCAUGAAAACUACAAGAUUUAGAAAUUAAUAUUUGAAAAUAAUUAGCUGUUUAGGCACUAUCAUUAUUUCCCCACUGAUACUACUCAUUUGCAAAACCUGAAGUUCAUUUUUUGAUAGAACUGAGCUAUUGAUACCAUUACAAUUACCAGGGGUAAAUGCAUUGUUUCCCACAAGAACCACUUCAAUCAAAAUCUUUAUUGUGUAUUUGCAGCCUUAUCUUUUGUUUGUUUCCCUUAAAAAUUACAAGAGUACUGGACUUGUUAUUAUUUUGGUUUAUGUUUUGACCAUUAAGGUGCCACUGUAUCCCACAGCAACUUACAGGCCAGCCUAACAGUGAAAAAAGCAACAUAACCUCCAGUCAAUGGUAUUAUGUAGGUACUUACAAAAUUUCAUGAGUCCAAAAAAAACUUCAGCUUUCAACUCUAGAUGCAAUAGGGAUAAUGGUUUCACUCUGAGCCACUCCUGGUUUUCUGUGACAAAACUGCUGUCCACCCAGAAGCCCAAGCCAGCAAGAGCGAGCACUUGACCUCAACUGCUGGUUCCUGUUGGUCAGCGCAAAACAAAGCGACAGACGGGCCACCAGCAACAUCAUGCUACUACCUCCCGUCCACCGCCAGUUCCCAUCGGCGAUUGUGCUACAGAGGACCAGUUUUGUCAUGCAGCUGCCCUGAGGAUGAGAGCAGAUAUGGCUCUCAAAAUGUUGGCAGGAGAUAUGGUUUAUUCACCAUUCAGCCACGUGAUGUGGCUUGUAGCCCGAGUGUCUUCCAUCAAGUUUAAUGAUGAUGUUUAAUGUCCAAAUGAUGUUAAUGAUAUGUGAACAUGAUCAUGAAUGAUGGGUAUUUAAAUGUUAUACAAGGUGUCAUACAAGGUAUCCUGACUUGGAUUUUUUAUUGUUUUCCCAAGUCCCAGGUAAAUUUCAGGAUAGCUUAUCCUUCCAAGUCCAUACCAACCCAUUGUUUGUAGUUAUUUUGCUAGCUUUUUGAAAUGGUGUGUAUUAUCUGUAAUGUGCAUUACUUAAGAAAAGAAUUUUGCAUGUAUCAUGCAUGAUGACAAAAAUAAAAACUGCAUGGUUUGAAA